AUGACUUCGGAGCAGCCAAAAGUAGAAGGCGUUUCAGAAGCCGAGGCGAAGGUUGCUGAGCUCGCCUCAAAAAUGAAAUCCAUCAAUAAUAUCGAUAUCGAAGCUCUCAAGCGCAUGAAAAUGAUGCAGAUUAUGGAAAUGCAAAAGAAAGCGGACUCAAUGCCAACUCUCACGCCUGAAGUCAAGUGGGCUCAAAACCCGGACGCCAUUUCCUUGUCUAUUAUGAUCACUCAAGUCGCCCGUCCAAACGUGACUAUCAAUGGGGACACCUUGGAGUUCGCUUGCUCCGCCAUUGGUGCCAGCGGAGAACGGCGCAACUACGAGUUCGAGCUUAAUUUUUAUGACCACGUGGAUAGAGGAUUCAUGGUUCGCCCAAGUCAAAACUGUCUCCAGCUUAUUGUGCGAAAAGAUAGAGAAUCCUGCACCAUGUGGAAGCAGCUGACACGCGGCAAUAAGCCGCAAUUUCUCAAAAUCGAUACAGAGAGAUGGGUUGACCCAGACGAUGUCAAAUUCAGGACCCCGGAAGAAAUGGAAAAAAUGCGCCAAGAGCAGCUUUCCGAGAGAGAAAGAAUCAUCGAAGAGCGCUACAAGCAAGUCAUGUUUGCCGAAGAUGUGAAAUCGAAAGAGGCAGAACACUCGCGUGAACUCACCAAACGAGUUUAUCUCUUCUUGUUUUCGUUUGCUAUGUUCCUCGGUUUCGCCUUCGUGUUUGGAAAGAACGUCUUCGGAAUCGUUACUGGUGGAAAAGCUUUCCUCGCCGAUUCUUACAAAUCUAGCGCUCAACUGAUCAACGCUCUCCAGACCUUCGCGUUUCUGGAAGCCCUUCACACUUACUUCGGACUAACUUCUGGCAAAACAAUUACUUCAAUCACUCAAUGCGCUGGCAGAGCUAUUAUCUGUCUCUACCUUUCCCAGUAUUCUCGAGCACAGACAUCCGAGUUUGUCUUUGGUCUCUGGAUGGCUUGGUCUUUGUCUGAAAUUAUCAGAUAUCCUUACUACAUGAGCGCCAUCAUGAGAAUGCGAAUGCCAAAGCUCGAAUGGCUCCGCUACACCGCUUUCAUCCUCCUUUACCCGAUCGGUUGUGUUUGCGAAAUGGGCGUCAUCGAAGCUGUUAUCGGUCACUUGAUCAACCCUUGGACUGAAAUUCUAGAGCCAGAGCCAUUGGAAGGUUCCGGUGAGCCUCCAGUCGAGGAAGGAGCUGAGAUUCCAGAAGCAGAGCCUGUGAUCAUCGAGCAUCCCGGCGGAGAAAAGACCAAUUUCUUCUGGUUCUUGCGAGUUCAUCAAUGUGUUCUUCCCGUUGUUGUGAUUAUGCUCAUGUAUUCUAUGCUCAAGCGACGAUCAAAGGCCCUCGCUGCCGGCAAAAAGGUUGACGAGAACAUCGCCGCUCAGCGAGCUAAAAACGCAGAGCGCAUGAACGAGCUUCAAAAGAAAUUCGUCGCCAAGCAACUUGAAGAGAUGAAAUCCGCCGACGAAAAGAAGGAUGAUUAA